AGAAGGAGGGGGAGAGGGGUACGAUCGGGUUGACGUGGAUAAACGGGCUGUUGCGACGCGUCUGGCCUCGAAAGUUCUCGGCGCCGCUUUAACUUCCGGCCCAUGUCGGGUGAAACUGGAAGGACAAAAUCGAACGAGGCGGUUUAAGGUCUCACGAGGAAUUCCCAAAUACUCCGGUUUAGUUGCUCUGCUGAACGUGCUUGUUAGUUUUCUACUUCUUUGUAGUCUGUCUAUUUUCUGCAACUGCUUCUUCCUCCGUGCUGGCCACAGCAACAAUGGACGCUUGUAUAAAGCAAGAACCUUGCGGUGCUCCCAAUGUUCAAAACUCCAGGCCGAAAACCGAAGUUACUUCGACCGCCCCUGACACUGUAAUCGAACUCAGCAGCAGCGACUCGGAUUCAGACAUUGAUUUGGACAAUUUAAUCGGCAGCAGAAUUGUCCCAGCCCUUUCAAGAAGGGAAACUGGUACAGAUGGGGCUUUGGUUGCCAACCAUGGAGGUAUUUCAAUGAAGCGAAAGACCGAUGAGGGCGGAGUCCAUUUGCCUCUCGGAUUUCUUGGUUCUCUUCAUUCGGAAACGCCACAGCCGAUGUUGAGAUUGCCAGCUCCUGAGUUGCCUUCUACUUCGAUACAUGCAAACGGCAACGGAUACUUAAAUGCGCGGUCCAACGCCAAGAGCUGCAAGCAAUUCUGGAAGGCCGGAGACUAUGAGGGCGCGAGUAGUGAUGCUUGGGAUUCUUCAUCCGGUGGCAUGGAUCAUGUCAGAGUUCAUCCGAAGUUUCUGCAUUCUAAUGCCACAAGUCACAAGUGGGCACUUGGAGCUUUUGCUGAACUUUUGGAUAACUCAUUGGAUGAGGUUUGUAACGGGGCUACUUAUGUCAACGUUGAUAUGGUGAUAAAUAAAAAAGAUGGUACAAGGAUGCUGCUGAUUGAAGAUAAUGGAGGUGGAAUGGAUCCGGAUAAAAUGCGUCAAUGCAUGUCACUGGGUUACUCUGUGAAAAGCAAAUUAUCAAAUACUAUUGGGCAAUACGGAAAUGGUUUUAAAACGAGUACCAUGAGACUUGGGGCUGAUGUAAUUGUGUUCUCACGCUAUCCGGGGAGAGAUGGAAAGAGCUCUACACAAAGUAUUGGCUUGCUGUCCUACACGUUUUUGAGGUGUACAGGGAAGGAAGACAUUGUAGUACCCAUGCUUGAUUAUGAAAGAGAAGGUCAGGGCUGGAAUAGGAUAAUACGAUCUUCUUUGGCAGAUUGGACUAAAAAUGUUGAAACAAUAGUUCGAUGGUCACCUUUCCCCAGUGAAGAUGAUCUUCUUCGGCAGGAUUUUAGAAAGAAGUUGGCGACAAGAAUUAAUAUGAUGAAAGGUCAGGGAACACGAAUAAUCAUAUACAACCUUUGGGAGGAUGACCAAGGUCAACUGGAACUUGAUUUUGAUGCAGAUCCGCAUGAUAUUCAAAUCAGAGGAGUGAACCGGGAGGAGAAACACAUACAGAUGGCUAAAGAGUUUCCCAACUCUAGGCACUUCCUCACAUAUCGACAUUCGUUAAGGAGUUAUGCCUCAAUUUUAUAUCUGAGGCUUCGUCCAGGCUUCAGAAUUAUUCUUCGUGGGAAAGAUGUUGUGCAUCACAAUAUUGUGAACGAUAUGAUGAUGUCUCAGGAGGUUACAUACAGGCCACAAGCAGGCGUGGAUGGGGCUCCAAAGGAUUUAAAUAUGGUUGCUGUUGUGACUAUUGGAUUUGUCAAGGAUGCAGUUCAUCAUAUUGAUGUUUCUGGUUUCAAUGUUUAUCAUAAGAAUCGACUCAUAAAGCCCUUCUGGAGGAUUUGGAAUCCUGCAGGAAGUGGUGGGCGAGGGGUCAUAGGAGUUUUAGAAGCUAACUUUGUGGAGCCAGCUCAUGAUAAGCAAGGCUUUGAGCGUACAAUAGUUCUAUCAAGACUAGAGUCGCGACUGGUACAAAUGCAGAAGAGUUAUUGGCACUCAAACCGUGAGAAAAUUGGUUAUGCUCCUAAUUGUAGCAAGAAAUUACGAGCUGAGAGGGCAGAUAGAGAGACAUCUCCUGAUUAUACUCCGGGAUCAUCACAUUUUAAGGGGAAAUACUCUGCUUCAAGCCGCAAAGCAACACCAAAUAUUGAUAAGUUAGCCUCUUCUAAAAGAAUUGGAAGGAAACAAAGUUCAUACGAACUGGCAACGUCUGAAGAGGAUGAUAAUGAUGAAGAUUAUGUUGUUCACCCCAAGAAACGAGCAACUGAAGACAAGCAGAAGACAUUUCAGGCCGAGAAAUCUCUAGGUGAGGACAGUUUUCUCCAAGAUAUCACAUUAAGCGGAAGAACCUUGAAGUCCCCAAGAGGAUCCAAGCCAAAGGGGAAUGAUGUUAGUGAAGCCCGUUGUCCAAUUUCUGAUCCUGAUAUAUGCACUUUGGAGCAGUUGAAAGAAGAGAAUCGGGACUUGAAGGAAAGAUUAAGCGGGAUGGAGGAAGAAAUUAUUGGAGAAUUAAGGCGGGAUUUGCAGCAUGAAAUGGACAAGUGCAAAUCUCUUGAAGCUCAGCUCCGGGCUGCUGAGAAGACGAUUGAAGAAUUGAACAAGGAACAAGAAACUAUAAUUGAUGUAUUCACCGAAGAAAGGGAUCGACGAGAUGCUGAGGAGAAAAAAUUGCGAAAGAAGUUACAGGAAGCAUCUGAUACCAUCGAAGAACUCCGUGACAAGGUAAGGCUGCAAGAGAAGAGGCUUUCAAGUGGGAAGCUAGGACGGUGAGAACGUGAGAUCAUGGUUUCUGAAUUCUGACUACGAGGCUCCUGACACGUAUUACUAAUUUUGUCCAUCAAUUUCAUUGGCUGCCUAUGGGCUGGUCCAUCGUAUAUAGACUGCCGGAUCUUGCUUAUCAAACGUUGGAGGGGUCGUAUCAUGUGCGGCCAGUUUUGAGCUGUAUAGUUGAUGGUGCUUACUGAUCUAGAUUCUGUAUAUAUGGCAAUAGCAUGUGAUUGAUUGUUGCUCCCUUGGCCGUGUCUUGAUGAACAUUCAUUUAGUGUGGUAAAUGGUGCCUUGUUCUUUAGUGUAUGUAAUGCAUUUUGUGGUCCAAAGGGAAGUUUAGCAUUUCUUUGUGCAGAAUUGGGAUUUCAGUUCACGACCUUUAGCCCACAUUUUAACUCUUUGCUGAGAAUAUUACUAGUAGGAGACUGUUUUAAGAA